AUGAAUCCCUGGGAUGGAAGCAACCAUGAUGAAAUAAUGGAAAUGCUUAAUCAAAUGGCGGUCCAGGUGCAACAAGAACAGAAUUGCACAUUUGUACAAGCAUGUCAGUGGGCGACAGAAUGGUACGAGAAACACAUGAAUAAAACGUCGUGUCGCACUUCUAUACUAACCGGGAAUACAUGGAUAUGCGAACUAUAUGCGGGGCAUAUGGGUCGCUUUGAGGAAAAUGUUUGCAUGCCGAAGGAAGUUUUUGCCGCAUUGUGUGAGACAUUAGUAAAUGAUUUUGGGUUACAAGUCCCGCAACGUCCACAUGGCUUAGCUGUUGAAGAAAGCGUUGCGAUGUUUAUCCAUGUCUUGAAAGGGAAGCAAAAUCGGGAAAUCCAGGAACGCUUCCAACAUUCUGGGGAGAUUGUGUCGAGGCACGUGCAUAACGUAUUAAAUUCCAUGAAAGAGUUCACUGUUGUCCAUUGCCGGCCCACAUACAGUCAGCAUCGUAUACAUCCAUACGUGAGGUCUAGACGGAAAUACCUACCGUUCAAGGACUGCAUUGGCGCAAUAGACGGAACACAUGUCAGUGCAUGGGUUACGGGGCCAGAUGCGGCAACAUAUUUCGGUAGGAAAUACUGUCACACACAAAAUAUAAUGGCCGCUGUCGAUUUUGACAUGUGUUUCAUAUUCAUUUCUUGCGGAUGGGAAGGAAGUAUGCAUGAUUCGCAUAUUCAACGAGAUACUAACAAAUGA